AGGGCUGUCAAGGGAGCGGAGAGGAACCAAGGGAGUUUGCAAAGACUCUGCAGCAGCGCAUACAAACGCUAUUAUAAUAAUAAUAAUUAAUUUUUACUACUCUCGAUGGAUACACGGCGAAUCAUCGUUAUUCUUGUAUACAGACGAGGAAAGAGAUUAUACAUGCGAAUCAGAAAGGCCCUGGAAAAUAAAGACAAAAGUAGCCUCAAAGCCACUUAAUGGUGAAGUCUAAAAUUCUUUUCAAGAUUCUUCUCUGUUACUUAGCAGCCUUAAUUGAUCCGUGGUGUCUAAGCUUUCUUCCAGACCAUUAGACACCUAGGGUUUGGAUCAUGUCUUCCAGACCGUUAGACACCUAGGGUUUGGAUCAUGUCUUCUAGACCAUUAGACACCUAGGGUUUGGAUCAUGUCUUCUAGACCAUUGACACACCUAGGUUUUGGAUCAUGUCCUCUAUACCUAUGGAUACCUUUUUGGAUCAUGUCUUUUAUGCUCUAUGUUUGUGCGCCGAGGUAUCUACCCCCGGGGGGGGGAGGGGGGGAUUCAUCCCAUGUCAACUUGAUAGGGAUGCUCGUCGUAUUUUUAGGGGUCCAAAUCGGGCCUCAGGUAUUAUUUAGGGGGUAUCCGUGAAAAAAAGGCUUUUCUGUAAGAAAUUUUUUUUUAAGGCUCCUGAGGUAUUUUUUAGGGUAUCAAUUUUUGGUCGUGCAGGUAUUUUUUAGGGGUAUUUUUCGAAUUUUCUGACGAGCAUCCCUAUCACUUUUACCUUGAGUUGAGACUUUUACCUAAGUUGUUUUGGGCUCCCUUUCUUAUUGACUUUAAGUAUAGCGUAUUGUUCCCACACUUCACAUCAGUUUGAUGGAGCAGGGGAACCGAGUUUUAGAGACCUGUGCUUUAACUGAACUGAAAGCCAGCAAUUAAAACAGCAAAUGUUUAUUCGUACAUACAACAUAUAAAGAAAAAGCAGCACAAAAAAAGAUCGUCGACUAUGGCCGAUGGGCUUACGUACGUCGAAGCUGUCACGCUUAGCAUCAUCAAUGUGCUUGCGUUACUGGGUAACACAUCUCUCUACUAUGUGGUGCUCAAGAAACCCACCAUGCGCACUAGGACCAACUGGUUCAUUUUGAAUCUAGCAGCCGCUGACCUGCUAGUAUCGGUGUUCAACAUGCCGCUGACCACCUACACAAUAUUGGAGGGGCGCUGGGUUCUAGACGAGCGGAUGUGUACCGUGACUGGUUUCAGCAAUAUCCUGUCGUUCAUCGCGUCUGUCAUGUCACUUGCUAUGAUUAGCAUUGCAAGAUACCACAAGGUGGUGAAGUGGAAAAGCUACAGUAAAUACUUCACAGGUCGUCGUUGCCUUAUCUACAUCGCGUGCGUCUGGUUCCUGUCAACCAGCCUGGCUAUACCGCCUCUGAUUGGCUGGGCCAGGUACAGCUACAUUGCGGGGAAUUCCUUUUGUUUUGUUGACUGGCCGUCAAGUAUUUCGUACACAGUGUUCAUGAUUGCUAUCUGCCUGUUUGGACCACUCAUCACCAUGAUCUACUGUUACUGGAAUAUAUGGAAAACAACCAAGGAAUCUACAGCGACUCUCACGUCUCACUCGCGGUCCGGUACACUGUCAAAGGUAGAAGUCAGCUUGAAUGACAUACAAGCGAACAUUAGGGCCGAUCAAAGCCUCACGGGGGCUAAACCGGACGAGAAAAAUGGAUCCGGCAACCCCGUGCUUGUGCGCGUGAGUGCGUUUGAUCAAUUCGAGAACCGCUCCAGCUUCUCUGAUAACGAGCCGGAGAGCGAGUACUCCACGCAUGCAUCAGAAGUGAAUAAAUCCGCAUCCAAGUCCGCACGGAAGAGACUGAAGGCGCUCAAGGCACGCGCCAGUCAUGACAUGCGUCUUACGCGUACUCUCAUCAUAGUAGUUGUAGUGUUCGCGAUUUGUUGGACUCCCUUUGCGGUAACCAUGGUAGUGAAAGUCAUCCUUGACAAGCCCAUUCCGCGAGCCGUCGACUUUGGCACUCUGUUGCUAGGUUACGCGAAUAGUGCAUGUAACGUGGUGAUAUACGUCAUCAUGGGGAAGCAGUUUCGACAGGCGUUCCGAGAAGCAUUCGGGUUACGGAAACUGAGAGACUUGUGUCGUAAGGGAGAGUCGUGAGAUAUGUAACGCGAUCAGUUUCUAUAGGCGUUCUGAGAAGCAUUCGGAAUUCAGAAACUGAGAGACUUAGCGAUGUUAGGGCAAGUCGUGAGAGAGGUAUCGAUUUCAAAGGAUAUUUGAACACUAUAAGAGUGGUUGAUGUGAAAAUAUAGGUGUUUGAAGACACGAUCGAAGAACAACCCCAAGAUCGAGGAAACUGUCAAUAUGGUCUGAGUAGCGGAGGCGAAAAAUAAAUCGAGUCAGAAUUA